AACAUGUUCGUUGUACUGUGAACGGCCUCGACACAUCAGCCCAGCGCUACAGCCCCUACCCGACUCAGGCUGCCACCAAGGCAGGCCUGCUUGCCAUUGUCAAAGUGCCAGCCAAAAGCAUACUCAAGGACUUUGACGGCACCCGAGCCCGGUUCCUCCCUGAGGCCAUCAUGAACCCCCCAGUGGCACCCUAUGCUACUGUGGCACCCAGCACUUUAGCCCACCCCCAGGCCCAGGCUCUGGCCCGCCAGCAGGCCCUGCAGCAUGCACAGACCCUGGCCCAUGCCCCUCCCCAGACACUGCAACACCCUCAGGGUAUACCACCACCACAGGCACUGUCUCACCCUCAGAGCCUCCAGCAGCCUCAGGGCCUGGGCCACCCUCAGCCAAUAGCCCAAACCCAGGGCUUGGUCCACCCGCAGGCCCUGACUCACCAGGGUCUCCAGCAUCCCCCUAAUCCCUUGCUGCAUGGAGACCGGAAGAUGCCAGACUCAGAUGCACCCCCAAAUGUGACCAUGUCUACCUCAACUAUCCCCCUUUCAAUGGCGGCCACCCUGCAACACAGCCAGCCCCCGGACCUGAGCAGCAUCGUGCACCAGAUCAACCAGUUUUGCCAGACGAGGGCAGGCAUCAGCACUACCUCAGUGUGUGAGGGCCAGAUCGCCAACCCCAGCCCCAUUAGUCGCAGUCUGCUCAUCAAUGCAAGCACCCGGGUGUCGACCCACAGCGUCCCCACACCAAUGCCUUCAUGUGUGGUCAAUCCCAUGGAGCACACCCACGCGGCCACAGCCGCGCUGCCUGCUGCAGGUCCUGUCAACCUGCCCACAGGCAUCUCUCGAGCCCCUACUGGCUACACUAGCGACCUCAAGCCAGUUACCUGGAACCAGCACCAGCUGGCCCAUCUACAGCAAAUGUGCAGCGAGGCUGGUGGGACACCAGCCCCUGGCCUGACAGGCAAACAUACAGCAGGACGCGAGUUGGCAGGGCCAGGUUUUGUGGGCAAGGCCCCUGCCUACCCGCAGGAGCUCUGCCUGGCGCAGUCCUUCCAUCUGAAGCCUUCCCUGGAGAAGCCGACCCCAUCCCCACCUGUCAACGGCCUACCGGCCCCACUGGCCUAUCCCAAUGGUCACUACUUCCAACCCCUGUGGAACAACAUCCUACCAACUCCCAAUAGCGACAGCUCGGGGUCUCAGGACCUCGCCAUGCCGUUCCAUGCUGGGCAGCCCACAGGUGCACCCCUCGACUGUGCAGCAGCUCCUGGGGCCCACUACCGAGCGGGAACUGGGGGUGGGCCAGUGGCAAGCCAGAACAGCUUGAUGCAAACGGUGGAUUACCUGAGUGGGGAUUUACAGCAGGCCUGCUUCCGAGAACAGAGCCUGGCCAUGUUGAGCAAGGCCCACCGAGCCCAUGGCACCCGAGCCCCCGAUCCCACAGAUAGUCGAAGUCUUCAUAUUCAGCACCCAGGGUAUAGAUAGGGAGCCGUGAUCCCUCCUCAGGCAACACGCCAUACAGCACCCUUCUAGGCUUAGUCUUACUUUGAAGUAACUGGAUAGUUUCAAAGUUUCACUGCUCCAGUGUGAUCAUCCUUAGGUAUCUAAGGAAGGGAACUUGGCAGGGUCCCUUUGGGGGCAGAAGAAGGUCCUUUCUCCUCCCACGAGCUACUACUCCUGGUUUUCUUUAGAAGCUAACUCUGUCUCAGCACCUGCCUGUCAAUCAGUCUCCACCUUGACCACUUGUUGCUCUUGCCAUCUUUUGCUGAGAAUGAGGUAUGGCUGAGGAAAGUGGCCUAGAGCCUUAAGUUAGGCUUCUCUGUCUAGGACUAAGAAGCCAGACAUUCUGAGUGCUCUGGAAUCUAAUUAUUUACUCCCAUAAAGAUGUCAAAUGAAAAUACACCCAGCUUCCAUCUUCCCCAGCUGCUCCCAUUCCUCGAGGCUUGGUUCUGCAUUUACGCUGCUCCCAAGUCACUGUACUUGGCCUUGCUGAAGCCUUGAGACUCAGAAAACCUUGGCGUUGGCAUCUUAAUUUUUGACUUCCUUUCCAGAGAAAUGCAGUGGCCACCUGGCAUUCCCAAGACGACCUGUGACCUGUCGCUCUCUCCAAACUCAACUACUGUCCUCAUCCCUGCCUCCCUUCCCCCUUAAGGGAAAAAAAAAGCAAAACAAAAACUACCUUACUUGAAGAAUUAGAUAUAGGUAAAGGAUGAUCACAUUAGAGUUUGGAAUUAAAAUCACCAAAAAAAAAUA